UGCGUAUGCGUAAAAGUGGACCAGGAUGUUCCUCGUUCUGCUCCUGGGGCUCUGCGUAGCCACGCUGGAACUUUUCUCCCCAGUGAGCUCAUGUCCUUCACAGUGCAGCUGUUUUUACCAUAACUUGAGUGACGGAUCCAAGGCCAGAAGCGUGAUAUGCAAUGAUCCCGACAUGUCGCUUGUGCCAGUCGGGUUCCCCUUUGACACAUCCAAACUGCGGAUCGAGAAAACAGCCAUCCAGCAGAUACCAAGUGAAGCAUUCAGCUACCUCUCCAGUCUGGAAUUCCUCUGGAUGUCUUUCAACACCCUGUCCGAUCUGAGCCCGGAAAGCUUUCGGGGACUGUUCAACCUGGAAGAGCUUCGUCUGGACGGUAAUGCCCUCACUGCCUUUCCCUGGGAGUCUCUCAUGGAUACGCCCAGCCUCAGACUUCUUGAUUUGCACAACAACCAGCUCACAUCACUGCCCGGGGAAGCAACCACUUACAUAAAGAACCUCACCUACCUGGAUCUUUCCAGCAACAGCCUGAUGACCCUGCCAAUGGAGGUGCUGACCAACUGGCUGGCAGUGAAGCCCACGCAAGGUCCAGAGAGCUCCAAGAUGAUACUUGGUCUCCAUGACAACCCCUGGGUGUGUGACUGCCGGCUCUAUGAUCUGGUCCAGUUUCAGAAGUCUCCCACACUUUCUGUGGCAUUUAUUGACACAAGGCUACGAUGUUCAGCACCAGAGAGCCUCUCGGGAGUCUUGUUCAGCGAUGUAGAGCUUCGCCAAUGUCAGCUCCCACGUAUCCACACGGCAGUGGCACGAGUCAGGAGUGCUGUUGGGAACAAUGUUCUGCUCCGCUGUGGGACCAUUGGAGUACCAGUACCAGAUCUGACGUGGCGCAGGGCUGAUGGACAAAUGCUUAAUGGAACAGUCCAACAGGAAACAUCAAAGGAAGGAAUCACUUGGUCCAUCCUCAGUGUUCCUGCUGUGUCCCAUCGUGAUUCGGGGAAAUUCAUCUGCAAGGCAUCAAAUUAUGCAGGGAAUGCAGAGGCUGUAAUUUCUCUCGUUGUGUCUAACCCACCAAAAUCAGAUGGAAAUCUGACAAACACAGACAAAAAAGUCAAAGUCAAGAAGCCAAACCCAGUGGGUAAAGCAGCGUACCAGGAGAAACUAGUGGCCAGAUAUGUAGUUCCAACCUCCACCUCAUCAUCUUUUGCCCAAAUGGAUUCUGACAUAUUACCUGCUCCAGACCCUGAUCCUGAACAGGUCAGUUACACCUCAACUGAUGGAGCCAGCCCGGAUUCCUUCGCUUCCCCGAACGCAGAUGCACUGCUAGAUCUAGAAAAGACUAAUCUUAGUAACCUAGCAGCCAACACUUCAUCCUUACAGCAGGACCCUGACAGAGUGGUCCGUUCUGUGAAAGUUGUGGGUGAUACGGACAAUACAAUAUCUCUGAACUGGAGGGCACCUAAAGCAAAGAACACAACUGCCUUCAGUGUGCUGUAUGCUGUGUUUGGAGAGCGGGACAUGAGAAAGAUCAAUGUUGGAGCGGGGCAAACCCGUGUAACUAUAGAUGGGUUGGUGCCCAGGACAAAAUACAUUGCCUGCGUGUGCGUUAAAGGACUCAUUCCAAGGAAGGAACAGUGUGUGAUAUUUUCCACUGAUGAAGCUGCCAGUGCAACAGGUACCCAAAAGCUGAUCAAUGUGAUUGUGAUCACUGUGGCCUGUGUCAUUGCAGUCCCACUCACUGUGAUAGUCUGUUGUGGGGCAUUGAAGAGGCGCAUCAAAAAAUAUUGGGGAAAGAAAUCUAAAGACAUCCAAGACUCAUAUGUGACUUUUGAAACGUUAUCCCCUGGCACGAAGGCCAAAGGGCUUGAGGCUGAGUACUUAAACAGACUGAACCAAGAGGAGUCGAACAGGCUGCUGUCCGCCCGCUCAAGUUUGGACUCAGAGUCAACAGCAAAGAUCGAAGGACAGCCUAACGAGUACUUCUGCUGA